AUGUCUAGCGAUAUGUCCUCAAAGGUGGAGGAUGUUUUGCCAUUGGACGCCACAGCGGAUGCUGCAGGUAAAGCAUUUCGCAUGAGCGAUGGUGACUGGAUCUGUCCAAAUGCUCAGUGCGCAAAUAUAAACUUUGCUCGUCGCACGCAUUGUAACCGAUGUAAUAAGGAACGUGAAGACUUACCGGUCAAGAAAAAAGCUGGUGCUGAAAUCGGUAAGGCAGCUGCCGAAAAGAGUAAAGGGCUGUUCUCGGCUGAUGACUGGCAAUGUAGCAAGUGUGGCAAUGUGAAUUGGGCACGUCGAUCUCAAUGUAAUAUGUGUAAUGCUCCUAAAUUUGCCGAUCCAGAGGAACGAACUGGUUAUGGAGGUGGCUACAAUGACAGAGGAGUUGUUGAGUAUGUCAGGCGGGAAGAGUCUGAUGAUGAGUAUGAUGAAUUUGGACGUAAGAAAAAAAAACAAAAACGAGGUAGUGGUUCUAUAAGCGAGGAUUCCAAUAGUCAAAAUGGUAGAGAAGAAGAUAACAAUGAUGGAGGAAGAAAAUAUAAAACGUGGUCAAAACCUGUUUUUGAAAAUGAUGACGAUGAAGAAGAUGAUGAUGAUGAUGAUGAAGAUGGAGAUCUUUCGAAAUAUGAUUUAUCUGAAUGGGAUGACUUAGCUGCCCAAGCCAAAAGAGAUAGAUCAAGAUCUAGAUCACCAUUAAAAUAA